AUGACCGACAUCUUGAUCAUAAUCUUCUCCUACCUCUCCGAUGACACCCUCCGUCAGUCCGUCGCCCCCGUCAGUCGUCUCUGGCUCCACACCGUCCAGAAUGUGAUGGUCCGUGAGGUCGUUUGGUACUCGGAGUGGAGCCCUAACAGACUCAGUGUAGCCCUUGCCACCCUUCCCGGGGCAGGACGGUUCAUCUGUCAUAAUCAGUUCACCAACCAUCCUGCAGAGCUCUUGCUCCUGGAUGCACUUCGACAACUUGAGGUCGAUUAUCAACAGCAACUGAACGGGUGCAACAACAACAAUAACCAGGAGCAGGGACAGCAGGAUGUUAGUCGGUCACCAGCAGGAGGAACGACGUGUCAGUUCUUCUUUCACAAGAGUGUCCCUCUGCAGCAUCUGGAUCUCGUCACGACAAAGCUCUCGGGCACCACCUUUGACCAAUUUCCCUUCCCUACUUCGUUGACGACCAUCAACUUGACUUUCUGCCGCGGGCAUUGGUCUGCCUUCUCGCUGACAAGGAUCUUGGCUCUCUGUCCACUUUUGGAAUCUUUUCAUGCCAAAUGCCGGGCCAACAUCCACCUCAAGAUCACUCUGGAACCUCUUGAGCAACAACAGUCAUCCAACACCACCACCUUUGGCCAGCACCAGCAGCAGCAGGAAGACAAACAGGAACUGGCUCUUAGGUCACUUAUUCUUGAGGGUCUCGACCUCGACCUUGCCAAGCUCAUGAUCCUCCUGACAACGACCCCCCAUCUCAAGGAGCUUAAACUGAUCGAUAUGGAGCCAAGAUGGCCCCGCAUCUGGACCGACCUCCUGAACUACCUUCCAACCCUCCCCUACAGACUGGAAUCGACUCACUUCUCCCACAAGAAUAGAUCCUUGAGCUCUAGCGAGAUGGAAGCCAUGCUAGCCGUGCAAGCCAUCUCCUCGGAAUGGUCUCUUUGGGGUCUCAAUGUCCAACCGAGUUUACUCCAAUCCUUGGAGUCCACUACGAAUGUUGUCACAAAACUGGAGCUGCAUUGCAGUCACCAUGGCUCUCGUUGGCAUCAACUGGAACUACAGUCUGUACCCACGCUCAUCCACAAAUACCUUUGCAACUCACCUCACCUCGUUCAUCUUCGGGUCAUCAGAUCUGCAUUCUUGAUCAAGGACAUGGACCUUUUUGGGCGACGUACCUUUGGCAGCCUCUGCUUUCACAGCAGUAAUCCCUGUAACUCAAAUAUCGUCCCCGACCCAGCAGAAUCGUCCAGAAAACUUGAGGUCUGGCAAUGCAGGAACUUAAAGACCCUUCAGUUCGAGAUCAAUGCCCACCUAGACGUCAUCCCCAUGACAGACCCUGUCCAGAGCCGGAUCAUCUUUGGAUACAUCUCCAGGGUUUGCCCUAAUCUCGAGGACCUUUUCAUUACGUGCCCCUCGGUGUGUGUCGACGCUAGCCGCAGGUCCUACAUUCCUAGCCUUUCUCUCAAACUCUACGGCGGGAUCUGUCUACUGUCAAGACUCCGAUCAUUGAAACGACUCAGGAUUGAGGAUUACUACCUCUGUCAAGGCCCCAACUGCGAGGUCUACGAGAUGAACUGGAUAGUUCCCUCUGGUCGAGACUCUUGGUCACGCAAGAAGCGUCAGGAAGAGAUGUCAGAGUGGAGCUCCAAGGAGACAGAAGAAACGCGACUAGAGACUGAACGAAAGGCGAAGGGGGGACUGAAAAAGUUGACACCUGCCUCCAAGGCCAAGGAGGAUGUGAGACUCGCAAAGGAGCUGCAGAAUCUGGGACUGAUAGUGGAUGUGAGGAACAUGGUCAAGGAGAUGGAUGGCUAUUUUAGUGUUGCGUGUUUUCCAGAGUUGGAGAGGUUGUCAUUCGAGUACCCUAUCGACCACCGCCCCCGGAAUGAACUUCAUCGUCUGUUUCCAAAGAACUCGCGCCUAGAUGGCCCUUCAAUAACCUGGUUUUAA